GACACGGGGACACGGGACCUUGGGUCAGAGGUGAGCGCGACCAAAUGCUCGGCCAAUGAGGUGACAGAGGUCCGUUCCGCGGCCACGGCAUGGAGGCCAAAGAUACUCCUCUAGUAUCUUUGAUGGAGGCGGCUGGGGACUGGAGGCAGACGCUGAAGAGUCGCCUUGUCGCCGGGGCUUCUCAGAAACCUAAAAAGACUGACCAAGAACUAAAGGAUAAUGAGAUGGAUCUAUUUACUAAAUAUUAUGUUGAAUGGAGUGGAGACAAGAAAAAGAACAAUUUAUCUUACAGAAACAUCCCAAGAUUUUAUUAUAGGCUUCCAGCUGAAGAUGAAAUCUUGUUGCAGAAAUUAAGAGAAGAAUCUAGGGCAGUAUUUCUUCAAAGAAAAAGCAGAGAACUGUUAGAUAAUGAAGAGCUGCAGAAUCUAUGGUUCCUCCUAGACAAACAUCAAACCCCUCCGUUGAUAGGAGAGGAAGCAAUGAUUAAUUAUGAAAAUUUUCUGGAAGUCAAAGAAAAGGCAGGGCAGAAAUGCAAACAGUUCUUUGCAGCUAAAAUAUUUGCAAAACUUCUGCACAAUGACCCAUAUGGAAGGAUUUCUAUAAUGCAGUUCUUCAACUAUGUCAUGCGAAAAGUUUGGCUACAUCAGACAAGAAUAGGUCUCAGUUUGUAUGAUGUGGCAGGUCAAGGAUAUCUCCGUGAAUCUGAUCUGGAGAAUUAUAUUUUGGAGCUGAUUCCCACUUUACCGCAGCUUGAUGGUUUAGAGAAGUCCUUCUAUUCAUUUUAUGUUUGCACAGCUGUCAGAAAAUUUUUCUUCUUCCUUGACCCACUCAGAACAGGCAAGUUAAUAUUUACACCACCAUUGCAUUUAAAUAUUCUUUUGUGUAUGUACUUGUUCCUUUACUUUCUGGUGACUGUUAGGAGGCCUGCAGAUUACAAGACUUAUCUGGAUUUUGUUCUUGCUUUGGAGAAUCGAAAGGAACCCGCUGCUCUCCAGUAUAUCUUUAAAUUAUUGGAUAUGGAAAAUAAAGGAUAUCUUAAUGUCUUUUCCCUCAAUUUCUUUUUCAGGGCUAUCCAGGAACAAAUGAAACUUCAUGGGCAGGAGCCAGUUUCUUUUCAAGAUGUUAAGGAUGAAAUCUUUGACAUGGUUAAACCUAAAGACCCAUAUAAAAUCACACUUCAAGAUUUGAUAAGCAGUGGGCAAGGCGACACUGUCAGCAGUAUUCUAAUUGAUCUAAAUGGAUUUUGGACUUAUGAAAACCGCGAAGUUCUUGUUGCGAAUGACAAUGAUGGUAAUGCCGAACUGGAUGACUCGUGAUUUUACGCAUUGUUUCUGUUUGUUUUCCCCCCUCGGUUUACUUGAGCAUUUGUAUUGAAUUGCUGUGGAUUGUACAUAGUGUAAAAAUAGUUUGCAGAAAUUUUAUUAAAGUUCUGUAGUUUAAAAAGGC